GUCCGGCGCCCAGAAGCGCCCUGAGCAGCGGGGCAGCUCCCCUUCUGCCCCGCUCUCCUGGCCGCAGGCGGAGCGCCGUACACACGCACGCAGUGCUGACACGCGUUGGUCGCUGAUGCGCCUUCCUACGGCGGAGUCAGCCCACCAGUUCCGAGGAGCUCGCCGAGCCGCUCCGGGGUCCCGGCCGUGGGAAAACCCGCCGCUUUCCCCCCAGGCGACGCUCUCCGGCACGGCGGGAGUUAAGGCGCUAGCGGGGCCGGGAAGUUUCCAGCCUCGGCCGGGAAGUUUCCAGCCUCGGGGCGGGGCCGGCCGGGAAGCGUCCCCGGCGCUUCUCAGAACAGUCCCCUCGGCCGAAGGAGGGAAGCGGAGGGCCGCCACCAUGCGGAAGGCGUCGGGGAGCAGCAGCCCCAGCAAACCUAAAGAAGCAUCCUUCAACGCGGAGGAUGGCUACGUCAAGAUGUUCUUACGGGGGCGCCCCAUCCCGAUGUUUGUCCCUGAUGAUGUCGUUGCCACCUACAGCCUGGAUGCGAAGCUGGAACUGCCCCACAAGAAACUGAAGUUGGACUGGGUCUAUGGCUAUCGGGGUCGUGACUGCCGGGCCAACCUUUUCCUGCUUCCCACAGGCGAGAUUGUGUACUUUGUGGCUGCUGUGGCUGUCCUCUACAAUGUGGAAGAGCAGCGCCAGCGCCAUUACCUGGGCCACACAGAUGACAUCAAGUGCCUGGCUGUACAUCCUGAUAUGGUAACUAUAGCAACAGGACAGGUGGCCGGGACUUCUAAAGAUGGCAAGCCACUGCCUCCCCAUGUUCGUGUCUGGGACUCUGUUAGCCUGAACACGCUUCAUGUCCUGGGGCCGGGGCCCUUCGAUCGAGCCAUCAGCUGCGUGGGAUUCUCCAAAUCGAACGGAGGGGGCCUCCUGUGUGCGGUCGACGACUCGAAUGACCACGUCUUGUCCAUCUGGGAUUGGCAGAAGGAGCAGAAGCUGGCCGACGUUAAGUGUUCCAAUGAGUCUGUGCUGGCGGCCACCUUCCACCCAACGGAACCGGCGCUGCUGAUCACCUGCGGAAAAUCCCACAUCCACUUUUGGACGCUGGACGGCGGCAGCCUGAGCAAGCGGCAAGGCAUUUUUGAGAAACAUGAGAAGCCCAAGUAUGUUCUGUGUGUAGCCUUCACGGAGAACGGAGACACGGUGACCGGCGAUUCAGGGGGGAACCUCUACAUCUGGGGAAAAGGGGGAAAUCGGAUUUGCCACGCUGUGCCAGGAGCCCACGAAGGCGGCAUCUUCGGCUUGUGCGUACUGAGGAACGGGACCAUUGUCACGGGAGGAGGCAGGGACCGGAGGGUGGUGCUCUGGGGACGGGACUACCAGAAGUUGCAGGAGAAUGAGGUACCCGAGGGCUUUGGGCCAGUGCGCACUAUUGCAGAAGGAAAGGGCGACUCCCUCUUUGUGGGCACUACCCGUAACUCAGUGCUCCAGGGAUCCUUGGUGGCCGGCUUUUCCCUGCUGGUGCAGGGGCAUACAGAGGAACUCUGGGGUCUGGCCACCCACCCUACCUUGGACCAGUUCUUGACCUGUGGGCAAGACAAGCAGGUUCACCUGUGGAGCGUGGCCACUCACCAGCCCCUGUGGAGCAAGGGAAUUGAGGAUGCGGCUCGCUCAGCUGGCUUCCACCCCAGCGGUUCAGUGCUGGUGGUGGGCACCGUGACUGGCAGGUGGCUGGUGCUGGACACAGAGACCCGAGACCUGGUGACCAUCCACACAGAUGGAGGGGAACAGAUCUCCGUCGUCAGCUUCUCCCCAGAUGGCAAAUAUCUGGCCUUGGGCUCCCACGAUAAUUUCGUCUACAUUUAUGCUGUUUCUGAAGGCGGUAGGAAGUAUGGGCGCAUUGGCAGGUGCUCGGGUCACUCCAGUUUCAUCACCCAUCUAGACUGGGCCUCGGACAGCAGCUAUUUGGUUACCAAUUCUGGUGACUACGAAAUCCUGUACUGGGACCCCUCCACCUGCCGGCAAGUUACCAGCGCUGAGGCCGUGCGCAACGUUGACUGGGCCACUGCCACCUGUGUGUUGGGCUUUGGGGUUUUCGGAAUAUGGCCGGAGGGUGCAGACGGCACAGACAUCAACGCUGUGUGCCGCUCCCACGACGGGAAGCUCCUGGCGUCAGCUGACGACUUUGGCAAAGUGCACUUGUUCUCUUGCCCAUGCUGCCAGCCUCGGGCCCCGAGCCACACCUAUAGCGGACACAGCAGCCACGUCACCAACAUUGCCUUCCUCCACGACGACAGCUUGCUUUUCUCCACCGGUGGGACAGACACCAGCAUACUUCAGUGGCGACUUGUCUAGGCGUGCUUCGGCAGGGGUGGCAAAUCCGAAUGUUCUCCUUCAGGAGAGGGAGGGGACAGUGGUGCAAAAGGGGAUGGGGGCGGGGGGGAUUGGAUUCUAUUAAACACUUAAACAUAGAUGUGAGAUUGUAACGCAUCCUUCCCUUCAGGGGAAGGAAGGGGUUUGAGUUGCUGAGAGGAGGUGGGGGAUGGAAAGAGGAGAUGGAGGAGCUAUAUUUUGCAGAAAUCUCUAUGAAUAAUGAUAAUAUAUAUCCAGAUCUAUCUAUCUAUAAAUCUAUAUUUAACGGCUGAAGAUUGCACAGGCUGAGAAUGUGACCUUGUGGAGGACCAGGGGAAGGAAGGAAGUCAGCCAGCGGAAAGGGGGCUUCUCCUGCCCUCCCCGGCCUGCAGGUGGCCUCUACUUCUCUCCUUCAACACAGGAAGGAAGGAGUUGGGGAGAAGCAGAGGCUGCCUGGCAGCGCUUCUGCAGGGAGGCACAUUUGUUUAAAUGUCCAGGUUGCAGAUGUAAACUGAUCUGCUGCCUCGGUCCGUUUGUCAUGGCUCCCCACCACCACCUUUCAAAUUUUUUGUGGGAAUGUUUCUGCCACCUCUUUGCCUGGAAUGUAAAACAUUUCCAGUGUUUCUUGGGUGGGAGCCGAUUUAGACGAUCUAAACCGGAGCAGAUCUGCAGUGUAGAGAAACCUUUACAGAAACAAGGAACAUUCUACAAGAUGUAGAGCGCGAAAGAGACCAAAUCCUUUCUUCUCCCCCCACCCCAUUUAGUGCACCUGGAGCAAUUACCACUCUAAGGGUGUGGGAGGGGGUAAAUUUCUACAAUGCAUAUUUGGGGGGUGGAGGAGCAACAUCAGGCCUGUUCCCUAAACCCACUUGAAGGCUGUUUGGGGGUAUUCCGCCACUCGUCUCCCCCCGUUCCCCGCAAGACAGGGCUGUGGCAGAAGAAUUGUGGAAAUGUUUUCUUUGCCGCCUUCUUCCAACACCAGCAGUAGAAAGAGAAAUGGGGAGGGGUUGGAGCAGAGGGUGCAAAAAACAAGCUUUAUGAAAUGGGAAGUAAGUGCUGGGAGCUUUUUCAUAAUUUUUGCAUACCACUGAGAGGCAAAUACAUAUACGCACUGCCAUCAGUUAGGGACAAAAUCCUUGGGUGAGGGGAGCAGGCGUGGAGAAUUACCAGGGGGCUGCCCCUCACCUCUUCCCCACUGAGUGCAGAGCCAGUCUCAGUGUCACGGGGGAAGAGGCCGUUGUCUGCGUCUGCUAGAUUCACUUACACAAUAAAGGGAUGCAUCGGUGUGGGAAGUUGAACCCGCCCCCCCCCCAUGUGCCCCCAGUAUUUUUCUUCCAACGUCUCGUUUCCAGCGUUGAGCUGAGAAUCUGGUACUAGGUGAAGAGCGUGGGGGAGACGGAGGAGGGGACAUGUCCCCUCACCCACACACCCCUCUUUCGGUGUGAAGUGGUGGACAGGGGGGUCCAAUUUUGACAUGAACGAGGAAGACCUGUUGAGUUUGGCCCUUGGAGUUCUGGAAAAAUCAUUUCCAUUCUUUACAGGGUAGUGAGUGAGAAUGAGAUGUGAAACUACAGAUGUUCUCUUGGAGUCCAAUGCGAGUCACAUUUUCAGCCCAGGUUGGCGGUAUUUUGCACUGGACACUUACGGAUGGUUUGGGGAUUCGGGCAUUUUGGAGCAGGGUUUUCAUUCAGGUGGAGAUUUCAGGGCCAGGGUUAGGGUGGAGGGGGAACAACACGGGCCAAAGCAUGGCUCUCUUCUGUAUUUUCCAAAGAAAACAUGGCUGAGAAUAGACAGAUGUUUAAUAAGAAUACAACCCAAUAAAAAAGCGGUCUAACAAAUCA